AUGAAGCCAUUUGUCACUGGCCACGAAGAAUUGAUACAUGAUGUUAAGUAUGACUUUUAUGGGAAACAUAUAGCAACAGCUUCUUCUGAUCAACAUAUUAAAGUAUUUGACUUAGACUCCUCCAAUUCAUCUUGGGUAUUGAAUGACCUGUGGAAAGGCCAUGAUUCACUGAUAGUCAAACUUUCAUGGGCUCAUCCUGAAUUCUCAAGUUCUAAAAUAUUAGCUUCUUGCUCAUAUGAUCGUACCGUAAAGGUAUGGCAAGAACAAUCAGAUGAAUUACAUGGAUCAGGUAGACGUUGGAUUAAACUAGCUACUUUGGCCAUAGAAUCAUAUGGUCCAAUUUACGACGUUGCAUUUGCUCCCAAUCAUAUGGGUUUAAAGUUGGGAUGUGUAGGAUCGGAUGGUAUAUUCAGAAUAUAUGAGUCAUUAGAACCUAGCGAUUUAACGAAUUGGGCACUAACUACAGAAUUACCUAUAUUAAGUAUGCAAUUGCCAGCUAAAAGUUUACAGAGUAGUUUCUGUAUUGAAUGGUGUCCUGCAAAAUUUUCAAAAACGGAAAAGUUUAUAGUGGUUGCUUUGGACCAGGGUUUUAUAUAUGGUACAUCUCCAUCAAAUAAUCAAUCAAAUGACAUCAAAGAAGAAAUGGAUACAGAUUCAAACUCCAAAAGCAAAUAUAUCAAAUUAUGUAAUCUUCCAGAACAUAAUGGUUUAAUCAGAGCUGUUAGUUGGGCUCCAUCUAUGGGAAGAAAUUAUCAUCUCAUAGCGACUGGUUGUAAAGAUGGUUAUGUACGAAUUUUCAAGGCAACUGAGCUGCAAAGUGGAGAGUUGAAGAUAGAGACAUUAGCUAAGUUGAAUGAUCAUAAGCUGGAAGUAUGGAAGGUGAAUUGGAAUUUGACGGGUACAAUUCUAUCAUCAGCUGGAGAUGAUGGUAAUAUCAGACUUUGGAAAUGUAAUUAUCUAAAUGAGUGGAAAUGCAUGAGUGUGAUAAAUACAAGUAACAGAUCCGGCAACAGAGUAAUCGAAGAAGAAAACGUUGCACAAAAUGCUUCAGGUAAGUAA